AUGCCCCACCAGCCACAUAAGAACCUUUUUACCCUCCCCAAUUUCCAUCCCGCGCCAACCAAAUGUUGUCGACCGCCUCGUGUUAAGAGUAGGAAGGUGUGCCAACGUGUCUCGGAUCUCCGCCGAGUACCGCCCCCACGACCGCUGCCGGAUGCCGCCGCUAGUGCACAGUCCGCAUUUGGUUUUCUGCAGCGGCGGGGAGAUGUGCUUCGUGGUGACGAUUUUGUGGACGGACUUCUGCCUCCAUCUCCUUCUGUGCCUGCAUCGGCGGCCGAGGUGGUAAAGCAUCCCAGUGUCACCACCAAUGUCAAGAGGUGGGUUUCUGAUUUUAGGUUAAUGGCAAACAGAGUAAAUUUUGCUUUGACCUAG